CUUUCAAAUGACAACUUCCUUUACCUGCAGUGUGGAGCUGUGUGCCUGAAGCUCUUUGCCGGGAAUAAAAAAAGGCAUAAUCUUGGUACAAAAGAGGAUCGUAGCCAUAAAACGUGCUUUGCUUAAUAUUACAUAAUCACUCUGGGAACUAUACCUGCUUGCAAGAUAGGCAUUUGACAAAGGUGUGCAUCCGUCCAGGUGUGUGUUUUUGCUCCGGGCCAUUGAUACACUGACCCCGUCCUGUCUGCAGGUCAAUUACUGACUGUUCUGCUCCGUCAGACCGUUGUUCCACACCUCCAUACCUAAACCAGACGUCCCACCACAGAGUAAACAUCUGCUCUACUUCUCUUAGGAAAACACGGAUCAUUUAGAGACAACAGACAGCUUUUUUUUUGCAGAUUCUGAGUCAUACAUGACUGUUCCUGGGAUUGUUUAUCACCUCUACAUGUGAAAUUCCUUCAAAAUAAGGCAAACUAAGCAAUAUGGAUACAGCAUCCUUGAACACCUCGCUGUUCUCCGGCAGCAUGAGUACGGAUUCUCCCAAUUUGUCCACGAGAUCCAUGGGCUUCACUACUGACACGGAUUCAUCCCGCAGCAGCACACUCUUACACUGCAAUCAUUUCUUGGCAGCCAACUACAUCAGUGUGGUGGAAAAAUGCAUGAGUUCAAUGCAGACGGGCACUCAGAUGGUAAAACUCCGUGGAGGAUCCAAAGGCCUGGUGCGCUUUUUCUACUUGGAUGAACACAAGUCCUGUAUCCGCUGGCGACCGUCUAGGAAGAAUGAGAAAGCCAAAAUCUCGAUCGACUCCAUUCGGGAGGUUUGUGAGGGGAAGCAGUCUGAGAUCUUCCAGCGGUAUUCAGACGGUAGCUUUGAUCCCAACUGCUGCUUCAGCAUCUACUAUGGCGAGCACAUGGAGUCACUUGACCUGGUGUCUGGCACAGGAGAAGAGGCUCGCACCUGGAUUACUGGCCUUAAGUACCUUAUGGCCGGCAUCAGCGAUGAAGACAGUCUGGCUAAACGACAACGCACUCGUGACCAGUGGCUGAAGCAGACGUUUGCAGAGGCUGAUAAGAAUGGAGACGGCUGCCUCAGCAUCAGUGAAGUCCUCCAGCUCCUGCACAAGCUCAACGUCAACCUGCCCAGGCAGAAGGUCAAGCAGAUGUUUAAGGAAGCAGACACUGAUGACAACCAGGGUACUUUGGGAUUUGAGGAGUUCUGCUCUUUCUAUAAGAUGAUGUCAACGCGGCGUGAUCUGUACCUGCUGAUGCUCACCUACAGCAAUCAUAAAGACCACCUGGACACUGAUGACCUCAAGCGCUUCCUCGAGACGGAACAAAAGAUGACAAAUGUCUCUAAGGAGCACUGUCUUGAAAUCGUGGCCAAGUUUGAACCUUGUCCUGAAAACCAGACAUCGGGUGUGCUGGGGAUUGAUGGUUUUACAAACUACAUGCGCAGCCCUGCGGGGGACAUCUUCAACCCUGAACAUUACGAGGUGAACCAAGACAUGACGCAGCCCCUCAGUGAUUACUUCAUCGCUUCCUCCCACAACACGUAUCUGAUGGGAGACCAGCUCAUGUCUCAGUCUCGGGUUGAUAUGUACGCCUGGGUGCUGCAGGCCGGAUGCAGAUGUGUGGAAGUGGAUUGCUGGGAUGGACAGGAUGGAGAACCAAUCGUGCAUCAUGGCUACACCCUGACUUCCAAAAUCCUUUUUAAAGACGUCAUUGAAACCAUCAACAAAUACGCAUUCGCCAAAAACCAGUAUCCAGUGAUUCUGUCCAUCGAGAAUCACUGCAGCGUCCCUCAGCAAAAGAAAAUGGCUCAGUAUCUGACUGAAGUGUUGGGGGAUAAACUGGACGUGUCCUCCAUCCCCGCUGACCCGUCAGGACUUCUGCCUUCACCUGAAGCCCUGAAAGGCAAAAUACUGAUCAAGGGCAAGAAACUACCCUCAAAUAUAGAUGAGAACGCAGAGGAGGGGGACGUGUCUGAUGAAGACAGUGCAGAUGAGAUGGAGGACGAUUGUAAGCUGUUGAAUGGAGAUACGUCUAUGAACCGAAAGCAGGCGGAGAAUGUGGCCAAGAAAAAAUUAGAUAACCUCAUGAAGGAGUCAAAGAUUCGCGACCGGGAAGAUCCAGACAGUUUUACCAUCACAGCCCUGCCACCGUCAGGAAAACAUGACAAAUCGCCACUGAAGGGAAAAGCUGAAGAUAGUACCGACACUGGAGAUGAGGCCAACAUCGGUGGAAACAAACGUCUGGCCAGAACCUUCAUGGGCAGCUUUUCCAAACGCAAGAAAAAGACUAGCAAAGUGAAGAAAUCCUCUAGUUUUGAGGACACCGACACCGAUCAGGAGAGCUCAAGCGGGGCAUCUAAAGCACAAGCACAUCACAGCAGGAAGAAAAAAACCAUGAAGCUGUCAAGAGCCCUUUCUGACCUGGUAUACAUGAAAUCUGUGGGAAUGCCAGACUUUGAGUCUCAAGGUGUCACUUGGCAGGUGUCGUCGAUGAGCGAGACCAAAGCUCAUCAGUUAAUCCAGCAGAAGCCGGUGCCGUUCAUGCGGUUCAACCAGCGGCAGCUCUCUCGCGUCUACCCAUCUCCUUACCGCGUGGACUCCAGCAACUUCAACCCACAGCCCUUCUGGAACGCUGGCUGCCAUCUGGUUGCGCUGAAUUACCAGUCAGAGGGAAGAGUGCUGCAGCUCAACAGAGCUAAGUUCUAUUGCAAUGGCAACUGUGGUUACAUUCAGAAGCCUGGCUGCUUGUGUGAAGGUUCCUUUAAUCCAGUAGCUGAGGAUCCUUUGCCAGGUCGAUUGAAAAAGCAACUGAUUCUUAAGGUCAUCAGUGGUCAGCAAUUGCCCAAACCAAAAGACUCCAUGCUGGGGGACAGAGGAGAGAUAAUCGAUCCGUUUGUGGAAGUGGAGAUUAUUGGGCUACCGGUGGAUUGCUGCAAAGAGCAAACCAGAGUGGUUGACGACAAUGGAUUCAAUCCUAUGUGGGAAGAAACUCUCGUCUUCACUCUGCACAUGCCAGAGAACGCUCUUAUACGCUUCCUGGUGUGGGAUCAUGAUCCGAUAGGCCAAGAUUUCAUUGGUCAGAGGACCAUCGCCUUUAACAGCAUGAUUCCCGGUUACCGCCAUGUGUAUUUGGAAGGCAUGGAGGAAGCUUCUAUCUUUGUUCAUGUUGCAGUGAAUGACAUCACCAGUAAGGCUCGAGCAGUCAGUGGUAUAAAAGGACUCUUUCACAGAAACCCAAAGCAAGCAUCUCUCGACAGCCAUGCUGCUGCUCUGCUCAACCGUAAGAGUACCUUCGGUGCUCACCUCCUGCGCCGCACAGCCAGUGCCCCCACCAAGGGCCAACCCAAAGUCAAGAGGGGCUUCCCCGAGAUCUCCAUUGACACAAAAGAUUGCAGCUCGGACGGCGCCAGCGAGGAGCGGGAAUCUGAAGAGGGGCCUCUUGUCCACCACAAUGGAGAUACUGCGUCUGCAAAGUCAUGGGGUCAAGGCACCAACGGGCAGCUUCACCCUGAUGACAGAAAAGAAAAUUCUGAAGUGCAGAGUCCAACUCCAUCUCUGAACGCCUCAUGUCUGGAAUCCAUCACUGAGAACUUUCAGGAGAACAGCCCUUCGACCUCAACGCAAAGUCCUGUGGAUACCUCACCGCAUUGUCCCUUGUCCUCACCAUCCACAGCAAUAACGGCAUCUUCCAACGGGGAAAAUCUCAGCCCUGUGAAAAAUAACGAGGACAUCCUGAAAUCAUUUGCACUAACCCAAUCUACGAGUGGUAAGGAUUCUGGGAACAGUCCUGUAAACUCAUCAAUUUCCACUAAUUACCUUGACAUUGGAUGCGACACGCCAACUUUUCCCACUUUCCAUCGGGCGGAUGGAGAGGUUGCACAAGAGACAGUCAUCAAUCAAACAGGACUGACUCUAGAGAUAGAUGCUGGGAAGGAACCAACUGCCAUUCAGAGCUCUCAGAGGAUUCAGGCAUUGAAGGCAGUGUUUGACAGAGACAUUGGACGAAGCAUGCAAACAGGACUGAGGACCCCUGUGAGAAGGUCCAAAAGUGAAGGACAAAUGAAAAAGGCAGACGGCCCUUCGGUGGUGCCAGAAGUUUGUACUGACGCAACUUUAAACGACAGGCUCUGGAGCAAACUUGACCCCAGCAGCCAUCGGGAUAGUGUGUCAUCGUCUUCCAGCAUUUCGUCCAAUGACACUGUGAUUGAUCUGUCCUUGCCCAACCUUUCCAGGAAAAGCCUUACCUGUCUUAGCGCAGCCCGGGAUUAUUCAGACAAGCAGGCUUCGUUGACCAACAACCAUCGGUCGGUCAUUGCAGGAUGUGGAGUCUCGCUUGUCAGCAAGAGCAAGUCCAACCCCAACCUGCGGGAUGGCGAGAUGUGCAAUACAGAUGACGAUUUGCAACCCAGACCUCUGGUAGCCGAUAAAGACCCCAUCCGACCCAUGCAAAGGCGACACACGUGGAGCAGGUUGUACGUUGAAGGCCUAAAGCAGUCAUCGACACUUGCUGCUUCUGCAGCCUCCAAGAAGUCAACUACCCUUUCAGCAAAAGACAUCGACUCAAAGUCCAAAAGUCUGGGAGAUCUCACUUCAGACGAUAUCAUCUGUAACUUCGAGAGCAAGUAUCGCAGCAUUAGCCGCAGUUUCAUCGUGAGGCCAAGUCGCCAACAUGGGAAAACUCUGAGGAAACCCCAAAAUGAUUUCACUGAGCAGCUGAAGAGGCUCACUGACGUGGAACCCCUUACCAGCAAGGACUUUGCUCAGUGCCGGGCUGACUCAGAAGCAGGACAGGAAGAAGAGGAGAUGCCUCCUUUACGGAGGAGUUCAUCACGGAGCCAGAGCCGCGUGAGAUACAUCGCUAACCGUGCCAGGCAGGCCCAGGAAAGGCAACGGCUACAAAGCAUAACCCGGAUGUCUGGGAGCCCCAUCGAAGAGCGUGGGAACCCUGAAGGAGCUUGUAGUGUACCCCAUAGUCCUUGCACUUGCCUGGAUCUUUUAAGCCAGCUUCCACCAGGACCACCCCAACAAAGCCCACUGAGCCCGGACAAUGAGGUCUUCUUUAUGCUCAGGCUGUAAAAGGAUGAGUGUGUUGAGCGAACAAAACAAAAGAUGGCCUCCCUCCACCUAUCACAAGGAUACUUCAGUGGACAUCUUUCGCUUACGUGCACCUACUGUAUUACACCUUCCAUUUUAGAUUGAUUUAUUUUGUUUCGUACUUCGGAUCGUGUUUAAUGAGCUGUUAAAAGGGAUGAAAAGCUAAGCUUUACAUUUUAACUUGGAUGCAACGGUUUGCUAGUUUGUACAAACUAUUUGUAAAUGUGCAUGUGUUUGUUGAAAAAAAAAGCCAAAGGAGAACAUCUUAAGAUUUUUAGUGUAUAAAACAGAUACAUGGUUGCGAAUAGAAAUUAUUAUGAAACUAAAACAUUUUAAAACUACUGUAGAUUAUGCCUGUGGCAUCUGUGAUACUGGAUUUUCGUUUUUAAGAUGCAGCCUAGUGCAGCAAUAGAUUUAAAUAUAAAUGAGUAAGCACUACUAAUACACAAAUAUUCUCUUAAUAAAAUGUUUAUUAGUCUGCAGCCAAAUACAAAUGCAUUUUGUCUGUGUUGUUAAUGAUAUGAGAGCACAUUUUGUAACCAAGCAUGACGUGUGUCACGUUAAUUUAUUGUCCCUUGAAACUAUUUUUAAGUAGUAAGAUUAAUGACUGCGUUCUCUUUGUUUAUAAUUUAGUAAAAUGACCUCUUUCAGUUUGUUCUUGAGAUCAAUUAUUUACUACUGAAGUGUAGCUCUAAAAUACAGUACAUAUAAAUGAAAUAAAAAAUGCAUAUCUUCACUUUAUGUACAGUAGCUUACCAUUUGAAAUGGUGUUAUAUGUUGGUUCUGUGCUCGGUCUACUGUAUUUUAUGUUUGAAAAGUUUGAUUUAGAAAUGUACAGUCUAGCUGUGAUGUUGGGUAGAUGUUGUUCAAUGUUAUUGUCCUAAGUACUAAUACUACUACUUUUAUUACUUUUUUAAAGAAUGCUACUCAAUUAAAGAAAUAAAUUUGUACCAAUUAAAAUAUCUGCUUUCUUACUGUAUUUUGGGAUCUGAAUUUAACAAAUAUUACUUUUACUUUCCAUGCUGUGCAGAUAUGGG